CUUGGUUGUACCGCGGCCUCCCAAACUCAACCGCCGACCCAAAGCGACCAAACGACGUCACGAGGUCGACGAGACCUCUUCGAAGACACCCAAAUACGCACGCAGAUCAGGGUUGGCGUGACCUGCUGCAUCUGGGCGAAUUUGCCUUAACUCGCCCGCUUAUAGCGAGCCCCGCCAAGCCUUUACCGCGCGCCGUGGGAUCUCGCGUCGUCCGACAAAAGAACCUCCGGUGAACGGUUGCCGCCGACCACCGACCGCCGGCACCAUGGCCGAACUCAGUCCCGAGUUGCGGCAGAAGCUCGACGAGCUGGACCGGGAGCUCGAGGAAGGGGACAUCACUCAGAAAGGGUACCAGAAGCGGCGCACCCAGCUGCUGUCACAGUUCGGGUUUGGCGAUUUGGAAUCCAAAAUCGGCGGGCUCCGAGUUCAUUCUCCCGAUGACGACCCCUCCUACGCUCCGAGAGAGGACCACCGUUCUGCCUCGCUCGCCGCUCUGAACGCCGGUGCUUCCAGCUCCCAGAACCCGCAAGCUCCGUAUGAAAACAUCGAAUCGCACCCCGCCUCAUUGCUCGCGCCUGGCGGCCUGGUGGCGGAACAGCGCCCCAACAUACGCCAACACGACUCCCUCUUUCUUUCGACCACUCCCCUCAACGAUGCCUCCACACGAUCGGGCACCAUGGUCUCUGGGGAUUACGCCUUCAAUCCUGAGCAGCAAUAUUUCGGCUAUGCCGAUCAGCCCCAGCAGAAUGCCUACGACAGCAGGACUGGGACGUUGCUCGAUUCGCAGGCCUACUUUUCGGACUUUGCGGGACAGUCCUACGACCCAGCGGCCACGGGAGAAUACGGUGGCCCCCAGAGAUAUUCAUCGAGCGAUGCCUUCUCCCCCACGGCCGCAAUGGCGCCUCCCAUGCUCUCGGGCAGCGACUUCCCCCCUCCCAACGCCCUAGAGUUCCUGAUGCCGCUCGAGCCGCGCGAGGUCCCUUUUGCCAUCUACGACCCGCACGACGAGAAUACGCCCAUGUCAAAUUUCGACAACAUAGCGGCAGUGCUCAGGCACCGCGGUCGCACCGCAGCGAAGCUGCCGGCCUACUGGGUUCUGGACAGCAAGGGGAAAGAGAUAGCGUCCAUCACGUGGGACAAGCUUGCGAUGAGGGCCGAGAAGGUCGCGCAGGUGAUCCGCGACAAGAGCUCGCUCUACCGUGGUGAUCGUGUAGCGUUGGUCUACCGAGAUACCGAAAUCAUCGACUUCGCCAUCGCCUUGCUGGGCUGUUUCAUUGCCGGCGUGGUCGCGGUGCCUAUCAACGACCUGCAGGACUAUGCGAAGCUUAGCCUGAUAUUGACCUCUACUCAGGCGCAUCUGGCGCUAACCACGGACAACAAUCUCAAGGCCUUCCAGCGGGAUAUCACCGCCCAGAAGCUGAAUUGGCCCAAGGGGGUCGAGUGGUGGAAGACGAACGAGUUCGGGAGCUAUCAUCCCAAAAAGAAUGAUGACGUUCCACCGCUGUCCGUCCCUGACUUGGCCUACAUCGAGUUCUCCCGCGCGCCAACCGGGGACCUGAGAGGCGUCGUCCUGAGCCACCGGACCAUCAUGCACCAGAUGGCCUGUCUCACCGCCAUCGUCUCCACGGCGCCUGGCAACGGACCUGCCGACACAUUCAACAAGACCCUGCGCGACAAGAACGGCCGGCUGAUAGGCGGUGGUACGAGCAGUGAAACCCUGCUUUCCUAUCUGGAUGCGCGCCAGGGCAUUGGCAUGAUCCUCGGCGUUCUCUUGACCGUGUAUGGUGGGCACACUACCGUCUGGAUGGAGAGCAAAGCGGUAGAGAUCCCCGGCCUCUACGCCCACCUCAUUACUAAGUAUAAGCCGACCGUGAUGGUCGCCGACUACCCCGGUCUCAAGCGCGCUGCCUACAACUACCAGGCGGACCCGAUGGCGACGAGAAACUUCAAGAAGGGAAUGGAACCCAACUUCCAGACCGUCAAGCUCUGUUUGAUUGAUACCCUGACCGUCGACAGCGAGUUCAACGAGCUUCUUUCGGACCGUUGGUUCCGCCCGCUCCGCAACACGCGUGCGAGGGAGAUCGUGGCUCCGAUGCUGUGCCUGCCGGAGCAUGGCGGCAUGGUGAUUAGCGUCCGUGAUUGGCUGGGCGGUGAGGAGCGCAUGGGCUGCCCCCUGAAGCUUGACCUCGGGCGGGAAAAUGAUAAGGGGAAAGAGAAAGAGAAGGAGAAGGAAGAGGAGAAGCCAACGCCGCCAAACGGGUUCUCAACCCUCCUCGGACAAGGCACCACCUCCACUACAGAGGAGCGAGCUAAGACGGAGCUGGGCGAAGUGCUUCUCGACAGGGAAGCGCUCAAGACCAAUGAAGUGGUGGUGGUUGCCCUCGGGGAAGAGGCGCGCAAAAGGGCCUCGAAUGAGCCUGGAACCAUCCGCAUCGGCGCAUUUGGUUAUCCAAUUCCUGAUGCGACGCUCGCUAUCGUUGACCCGGAAACCGGCCUCCUUGCCUCUCCGAACACGGUGGGCGAGAUUUGGGUCGAUUCUCCCUCUUUGUCCGGCGGCUUUUGGGCGCUGCCAAAACACACCGAGCAGAUCUUUCACGCCCGUCCCUACAAGUUUGAACCUGGCGAUCCGACGCCCACGCCGGUUGAGCCAGAGUUUCUCCGGACGGGUCUCCUGGGCACCGUCAUCGAAGGCAAGGUUUUCGUCCUAGGCUUGUACGAGGAUCGCAUCCGACAGAAAGUCGAAUGGGUCGACGACGGCGGUGCCGAGAGCUCAGACCACCGCUACUUCUUCGUCCAGCACAUUGUGGUCAGCAUCAUGAAGAAUGUACCCAAGAUCUUUGACUGCUCAGCCUUUGAUGUCUUCGUCAACGAGGAGCAUCUCCCGGUGGUGGUGCUCGAGUCGCAGGCGGCGUCCACGGCGCCCGCCGCUAACGGAGGUCCGCCCCGCCAGCUGGACACGGCGCUUCUAGAUUCCCUCGCCGAGAGGUGCAUGGACGUGCUGAUGCAGGAGCAUAACCUCCGCGUCUACUGCGUCAUGAUCACCGCGCCAAACGCGCUCCCGAGGGUCCUCAAGAACGGGCGCCGCGAGAUCGGCAACAUGCUGUGCAGGAGAGAGUUCGAUCUUGGCAACCUCCCAUGCGUGCACGUCAAGUUUGCGGUGGAGCACGCGGUGCUCAAUCUGCCGGUGGGCAUCGACCCGGUGGGCGGCAUCUGGUCGCCCAUGGCGUCGGACUCGCGGGAGGAGCUGCUCUCCCCGGCGGACAAGCAGUAUUCGGGCAUCGACCGGAGGGAGGUGGUCAUCGACGACAGGACGUCGACGCCGCUGAACAACUUCUCCAGCAUCACCGACCUCAUUCACUGGCGUGUGGCGAGACAGCCCGAGGAGCUGUCGUUUUGCACGAUUGACGGCAGAGGCAAAGAGGGCAAGGGCGUGACGUGGAAGAAGUUCGAUAUGAAGGUUGCCGCGGUUGCUGUCUACCUGAAGAACAAGGUAAAGCUCAGGGCUGGCGACCACGUCGUGCUCAUGUACACCCAUUCUGAGGAGUUUGUCUUCGCGGUCCACGCCUGUAUAAGCCUCGGCCUGAUCGUCAUCCCUGUUGCACCCAUGGACCAGAACCGCCUGCCGGAGGAUGUCCCGGCGUUCCUACACCUGAUCUCGGACUACCGGGUGAGAGCUGUCCUGGUGAACCAGGAUGUCGACCAUCUCCUGAAGACGAAGACGGUCGCUCAGCACAUCAAGCAAACAGCGCAAGUGCUCAAGGUGGCAGUCCCCGGUACCUACAACACGAGCAAGCCGCCCAAGCAGAACAGCGGCCUGCGAGAUCUCGGCAUCACGAUGGAUCCUGCUUGGGUUCAGCCGGGCUACCCGGUCAUCAUCUGGACCUACUGGACGCCUGACCAGCGGAGGAUCGCGGUGCAGCUCGGCCACGACACGAUCCUAGGCAUGUGCAAGGUGCAGAAAGAGACGUGCCAGAUGACGAGCUCGCGACCGGUGCUAGGCUGCGUGAGGAGCACGACGGGCCUGGGCUUCAUUCAUACCUGCCUGAUGGGCAUCUACAUCGGCACGCCGACCUACCUCCUGUCGCCGGUGGAGUUUGCUCAGAACCCGGCCUCCCUGUUCCUGAUUCUGUCGCGGUACAAGAUCAAGGACACGUAUGCCACGCCUCAGAUGCUCGACCACGCGAUGAACAUGAUGCCCGGCAAGGGCUUCACCCUGCAUGAGCUCAAGAACAUGAUGAUCUCGGCCGACGGCCGGCCCCGGGUCGACGUCUUCCAGAAGGUCCGCAUGCACUUCGCCGCGACGGGUCUCGACCGCACCGCCAUCAACACGGUCUACUCGCACGUCUUGAACCCCAUGAUCGCCUCGCGGUCGUACAUGUGCAUCGAGCCCAUCGAGCUGUGGCUGGACCCCAAGGCUCUGCGGCGCGGCCUCGUCUACGUUACUGACCGGGAGCGCGAUCCGAAGGCGCUGCUGGUGCAGGACUCGGGCAUGGUGCCCGUCUCGACCCAGAUUGCCAUCGUCAACCCCGAGAGCCGGAGGCUGUGCAGCGAGGGCGAGUACGGUGAGAUCUGGGUUGAUUCGGAGGCUUGCGUCAAGGCGUUCUACGGGUCAAAAGAUGUCUUCGACGCCGAGCGAUUCGACGGACGGACGGUGGAAGACCCGAGUAUCCGGUACGUGCGGACGGGCGAUCUCGGGUUCCUCCACAGCGUGCGCAGGCCUAUCGGGCCCGGCGGCGCGUUGGUCGACAUGCAGGUGUUGUUCGUUCUGGGCAGCAUCGGGGAGACCUUUGAGAUCAACGGCCUCAGCCAUUUCCCGAUGGAUAUCGAGGCCUCGGUUGAGCGGUGUCACCGCAACAUUGUGCCGGGCGGAUGUGCCAUCUUCCAAGCGGGCGGCCUCGUCGUCGUGCUCGUCGAAGUCGCCCGGAAAGCCUACCUCGCCUCGAUCGUGCCCGUCAUCGUUAACGCGAUCCUCAACGAUCACCAGAUCGUGGUUGACAUCGUCGCCUUCGUCAACAAGGGCGACUUCCCGCGCAGCCGGCUCGGCGAGAAACAGCGCGGCAAGAUCCUCGCUGGCUGGGUCAGCCGCAGGAUGCGCACGAUAGCGCAGUUCGCUAUCAAAGACAUGGACCGCGACGCGGCCCUCAACCCGCCUGGCACUUCCUCGGGGGAGCAAUCAUCUGGUGGCCAGGGCGGCGGCAGCGGCACCGUCACCGACGCCUCGGGAGAACAGCAACACCGCGCCAGUCUGGGCAGCUUCCGCAGCUCGAGCGGCGGCGCGGCGCCCGGCCAGGCGGUGACGGCAGCCCCAACGAUGACAACGACGACGAGCUCCCUGCGUAACUUCGAGCGCGCCCCGCAGAUCCCGGAGCAGCGCGAGCUGGAACAGCAACAUCCGCAGUAUCAACAGCAGCAGCCGCACGACCCAGCCUCUGCCCAUGCCCUGGGCACGGCGACACCAGGGCCGGUCGAGAUGCCCGCGGACGAGAACGAAAUCACGGCCGUCGACAACGACCAGACGCCAACGAAGAACCGGCACCAGCAGCAGCAGCAAGGCGGUGGUACCGAGGCCGCGGAGUCCGCGCUGCCGCGCGACUUCCAGCUGCCCGACUUCGAUCGGUUUGGGCGCGAGGACGGCGGCGGCGGUAGCGAUGCUAAGCCUGGGUCUUCUUCGGCCGGUCAGGGCCCGCCGCAGAUCCGGCUGCCCGGCGUCGACGGGCGGGAGUCGCUGGGCGAUUGGGACUUGAGGCCGGGUAGUGGGAGUGGCAGUGGGAGUGGGAAUGGGGGAGCAGGGAAGGACGGGGAUGAUGAUGACUGGGCGAGGGACGCGUAUAUGUCGAUGAACCUGGCGGGUACGCUCGCGGGGAAGUAAUGCCUGGUUUGGAGGGCGAGCGGUGUAGUGUAGACAUGGGGUCCGGCCUUGGGCCGGGGUCACAGGCCCUGAUUUGGGGACGUCUUGCACUGUUUCUGGCAACUGCAUGGGGCUGGCAUUGGCAUGAUGGUUUGUUGUGAUUUGUUUGUCCUCUAUAUGAGACGGGAUAAUUGAUGUGUGGUACCUAGGAAUUGGAUGUAAUCCGUAGUGUGCACGAUGUAAGACCUGGAUGCCGCCAAGACAGAUACCAGGAGUUUCCUCACUCAGCAUGCUUUUGUGGCUGGGCUAGAUUAAUCUGUAUUGCUAUCUUCCCACCUAGUUGCUCAAGAGAAGGUAAUCUACCUACCCUGCUGUCGGGCUGAUGUGGUGGUG